GCAGAACAUGAGGCUCGGGCGGAUGGUCCUCACGAGGAGGUUGUGGCGCGUCUUCUCCCUCCUGGACUUGAAGGGUUGCGGCAAGGUGUCCGUGUUCGACCUCAAGGUCGUCUACGCGGUCAUCCUCAGCAAGUGCCCGCACCUGACGAAGCGGCCGUGGGCGGAGCUGCUCAAGGCUGACACUGUCACCAUCAACCAGAUGCUGGGCGAAUGCGGGCAUGGAUCCGAUCCGGAGGACGUGAGCCUCGUCGACUGGAAUUUGUUCAGCAAGAUCUUGCUGAGCACCAAGCUUGGCGCCGACGCUCUGCGCAGCCACGUGGAGGAGCUUGACAGCGCGGAGGGCGUGUGGUCGCUGACGCAGAAGCUCAGCGACAGUAUCACCACAAAGGCCCCAGCCCUCUCCGCGUCGGACGCGGGCGUCGAUUGGAGCGGGCUUGAGGUCUGA